AUGUACCUUAUUCUGUUGUUCAUUAGAGUCGUCAUUACUAUACAUUCACUUACAAUAAUAAACAAAUAUGAUUACUGUGCAUUAGACAAUGCGUUAAUAGAAGAAAUUAAAAGCUACAAAAAUAUUACAACUAAAAUAAUGAAUGAUAUAAUAAAUACUGACUUAGGACCGAAUAUGUAUAAAAAAUAUACUGAAUUUAUUGACAAAUUCGGUGCUCGUCCGUCUGGCACUGAAGUAUUGGAACAAUCUAUAGACUAUAUGGUCAAUCUAACCAUUGACGCAGGAAUUAAAGAUGUGGCAACAGAAGAAGUAGAGGUGCCGCAUUGGGUACGGGGCUUCGAAUCAGUGCAAAUGCUUGAACCCCGUGUAAAGAAAAUUGCAGUUCUUGGACUUGGUCCAAGUAUAUCCACACCGAAUGAAGGGAUCACAGCAGAUUUAGUAGUAGUAAGGAGCUUUAAUGACCUUGAUAAAUUGCCAGAUGAGGAUGUUCAAGGAAAGAUUGUUCUAUUUGACGAAGUCUACACGAAUUAUGGAGACACAGUCGUAUACAGAGUCAAAUCAGCAUCUAAAGCAGCCAAAAAGGGUGCUGUUGCAUCACUUAUAAGAAGCGUAACACCAUUCUCUUUAUACACUCCUCACACUGGAUACCAACACUAUGAAAAAGAUGUACCAAAAAUACCAACAGCAGCAAUAACCGUUGAAGAUGCAGCAUUGUUAAGAAGACUGUACGAGCAAAAACAGAAAAUUGUUCUAAACAUUAAAAUGUUUAGCACUUAUGAUAGAAAGAAGUCUCGAAACACAAUUAUAGAUUUCAAAGGCAGUAAAUUUCCUAAUAAGUAUGUCAUUGUAUCCGGUCAUAUUGACAGCUGGGACGUCGGUCAAGGUGCAAUGGACGAUGGUGGUGGUAUGAUGAUAAGUUGGUUUGUUCCCGUGGUGUUGAAACAUUUCCAACUUCGACCGAAACGAACUCUUCGAGCUAUUCUGUGGACUUCAGAAGAAGCGGGGUUAGUUGGCGCUGCAGCAUAUCUAGAACGCCAUAUUAAUGAACUAGACAAAAUUAAUUUUAUAAUGGAAUCCGAUGAAGGUACGUUUAAGCCUCUGGGCUUAGAUGUGGGCGGCUCAAAGACAGCACAAUGUAUAAUAGCCGAAAUAUUAAAACUGUUUCCAACGAUAGAUAAAAUGACGAAGAGCGGAAGCCCUGGCUCAGAUAUCGUACUUUUUAUCAAGAAAGGAAUCCCCGGGGCGUCGUUAUUAAACGAAAAUGAUAAAUACUUUUGGUUCCACCACACCGAAGCGGAUACGAUGGAGGUUCAGAAAAUGGAAGAUGUUGUGAGAUGUGCCGCCUUUUGGACAGCUAUAUCUUAUGUUAUUGCUGACUUAUCAGUUGAUAUCCCCCGACAGUAA